AUGUCGUUUCAACAAAGUAAUAUUUCUGGAACAUCCAAUUCAACUUUUAGAAAAUGUUUAGAUUGUGGAAGUGAACGAAGCGUCGCUGAAUGGUGUAAAGUUUGUGAAAUCAAUGCGUUCAAAGCAAAUUUUAAAAAUUGGACAAUUGAUAAUAUUUAUAUUAAAAAUUUCAUAAUAAGCACCCAAUUAAACGCAAAUAAAAGUGUAGAUUAUUUGGAAUAUAUUGAUUUUGAACAAUUUGACCUUGUUGAAAGUACGAACAAAGGCGGCAAUUUUAGUGCAAUUUAUUCAGCAGUUUGGAUGGAAGGUCCAAGGUGGAUUUGGGAUGAAGAAGCUGAGCAAUGGACGCGUAAUGGUCCCAUAAAAGUUUCCCUUAAAAGACUUAACGACCCACAAAAUAUUAGUAAAGAAUAUUUGAAUCAACUUUAUGAAUACCACCGGGUUUUGCAUUUUGGAAGUGUUUCCGAAUUUUUUGGAAUAACCAAAGAUUUUACUUCAAAUUAUAUGUUUGUUCUGAAAGAUAAUGAUAUUGGAAACCUAAAUUCAUACCUUGAUGAAAAACAAGGAAUGCUCCGUUGGAAGGAAAUUGUUGAGAUGCUUUGGGAAAUAUCUAGAUUGAUUAAGUACAUUCAUAAAAAUGAAUUGAUUCAUGGCAAUCUUCAUGGAGGUAAUGUAUUAAUUGAAAAUGAAUCAGGUUCUGAAUAUAUACAUAUUGCUGAUGUAGAAUUAAAUGGUCCAGUUAAUGAGAAAACAUCAAAUGAAAUAUAUGGAGUUCUUCCUUAUGCGGAUCCUGAAAUCUUAAAAGGAAACAUACCAACAAAGGCUGCAGAUAUUUAUAGCUUUGGAAUGAUCAUGUGGAUGCUUUCUGCAGGUAUUCGUCCAUGGGGUAAUAGACCACACGAUCUUAGUUUAGCUACUGAAAUUUGUUCUGGUGUUCGCCCUGAAAUUAUCGACGGAACUCCAGAUGCUUACAUUCAAUUGAUGGCACAAUGCUGGAAUCCAGAUCCUUUAAAACGCCCAACCUCAUCCCAAUUAUAUAAUUUAUUUGGAAAUUGGGUAAAUCUCAUUUGCGAUGAUCCGGAUCCAUCUGCACUAUCUAAUCAAUUUAAUGUUGCUGAAGAGAAAAAAGUUAUGGAUUUAGAACAAAAUCAAUUUUAUCAACAGGAGAUCCAUCCUCAAGCUAUAUAUACAAGUAGGCUCUUAUAUUAUUGUGAAUUAAUUGAUUCUACUAAGUGA